UCCGGUCCGGUGUGGGUACUUUUCGCUGCGGCCUUCGGUUCCUCCGGUUCCCCCGGUUUCUCCAGCAGCAACGUGGGUCUCCUUGUCCGACCGAAGUGCAGAAAAGGAAGGAGAAAAACAUACGGUAACUUUACUACCACCACCACCACCCAGUCAGCCAUUCGAGUUCGCUCGUUCGUUCGUUCGAUUCGACGGCGAUCAUCAUUUACAGUUCGAUCUUCGCCGCGAUCGGUUGCACCCGGUUUAGUUUUUUUGCGUCGAAGAAAAAAAACGGGGGAUUCCACCACCGUUGUCGUCGUCGUCAUCAUUAUCAGCGUCGCCGUGUCCGAUUAGGGGAAAACUUUCACCUCCAAAAAAUAUUGCUGGUUCCAUCUGCAUGCUGUAAUCAGCUGAGACGACAAUCUCCCGAAAGAUAGUCGUGGGAAUUUGGUUCGGUUCUUUGAGUAAGUUGGUUGACCGUCAUCAGUGAAUCGACCUUUGUUCGUGGGUCUUUAAUCGACUUCAUUGACCUCGAUUGUGUGGAUGUUUGUCGAUCCGUCGUCGACGUCAUCAGAAUCAGUUUGAGUUUGUUUUCAUCGGAAGUCUCGCAUCGCCAAGAAGAGAAUGAUAAGAGAAAGUCCGUGCCGAUUCCGAAAGAUGAUUGAAAAGUGAAGUCGUUGCGAAAUUGGCUGCAGUGGUAAAAUAAUAAUUGGAAGCAAGUGCUGAAAGCAGGUUGGAAAUUAAAUAACGAAAAACGCAAGAGAAGAAAGAGAAGCAUUUAAAAAAAAAACGUGUGAGGUGUGUGUGUGACCCACUUUCAACGGGUAUCCGGUUUUUGAUUUUCGUGUGCGCUUUUGGAAUUUUGUCCGGUUUAUUUACGUUGUCCGUUUGCUGCAUUUCUUAGUAGUACGGUGGUGGAGUGUGAUCCAAAGUACAGCAAGAUUGUCGCCGAUUGAAGAUGGAAUCUCUGAAGAACAGUGAACCGAAUACGGCCGCCGAGGUGGCGGCGAGCAGUGCUGCAUCUGCGGCAUCCCAUGUCAAGGACGAGGCCAGGAAGAAUUUGGAUUUUAUCAUGAAGAAUCUGUUGGCUGGAGGUGUCGCCGGGAUGUGCUCAAAGACGACGGUGGCUCCGCUGGACCGGAUCAAGAUUCUGCUGCAGGCGCACUCGAUCCACUACAAACACCUGGGAGUGUUCAGCGGGUUGAAGCAAAUCGUCAAGAAGGAGUCGUUCAUUGCACUGUACAAAGGGAACGGAGCCCAGAUGGUGCGGAUAUUUCCGUACGCGGCGACCCAGUUUACGGCGUUCGAGGUUUAUAAAAAGUAUUUAUGCAAGCUGCUAGGCAACAAUUGGACAAUAAAACAUUCGGACAAAUUCAUCGCCGGUGCCGGAGCCGGCGUCACGGCCGUCACGCUGACCUACCCUCUGGACACGAUCCGUGCCCGACUGGCGUUCCAGGUUACCGGAGAGCACCGGUACAACGGAAUCGUGCACACGGCCAUUUCCAUUUUCAAGACUGAAGGCGGCUUCCGGGCACUGUACCGAGGCUUCGUACCCACCCUCAUGGGUAUGGUGCCGUACGCGGGUUUUUCCUUCUACUGCUUCGAGAUGCUCAAAUUUUUUUGCAUGAAGUACGUUCCCGGACUGACGUGCGACAAGCUGGAGAGAAACACUGGUGGCCUUGUGCUCGCGGUGCCGGCCAAACUGCUGUGUGGUGGCUUUGCCGGUGCAGUGGCGCAAUCCUUUUCCUACCCUCUGGACGUGACCCGACGACGGAUGCAGCUGGCCAUGAUGAACCCGGAGACGGCCAAGUUUGGCAUGGGAAUGUUCCGCACCCUGGCCAUCAUCUACAAGGAGAACGGCGUCAUGCGGGGCCUGUACCGGGGCAUGUCGAUCAAUUACCUACGUGCGAUCCCGAUGGUGGCGGUAUCCUUCAGUACGUACGAGCUGAUGAAACAGACGCUCAACCUGGACACGGGCAUGAAAGUUUGAACCCCAAGCGGACAAUAAAGCUCAGCAGCAAUAAUCUAUACAGUAAACAAAAAAAAUAGUACGUAGGAAGGAUGCCUGUGUUUCCAUUUCUGUGUGGGAGUGAGCGAGCGAGAUGACUACUUCGGGACCUACUUGAAAUGGGAUUGUUUUAGCUGUUAGCUGUUAGAAGGGAUCGUGUGUGAGCGAGGACGAACGUGAAAGCGGAAGCAUUCUAAAGCAAGGACAAGGGUAGGACAUUGGAGAACAUUUUCAUUGGAAGAAGAGUUGGUUUGGCAUUUCGAACCUGGAAUUUCACUUUCUGUCUCGAGGGUUGUGUUCCGUUUUUCUCGUUGCUGUUGACUAUCUGCCAGUGUAUUUAUUUGUAACUGUUGUGUAGUGUUCUGUUCCAAUUCUUUUCCUGUCAGUAGACUAGACUAAGUUUGUGAACAACCGAGACUCUACUUUCAGUUUCGUUAGGUUUUAGAAGCAAAAAAAAAGGGGUGGUGUAGGAACAAUUUGGCUAGGGCAAGUGAGAAAGUACUUAAAAUUGGUUUUAGUAAGCAAAA